AUGCAGCUCAAAACCCUCCUCUCCACCCUCCCAUUCAUCACGGCCGUCCUGGCCUCCCCAGCCCCAGUGCCAGCCCCAGUGCCCGGCACCGUCGCCGUCGGAUACGGCCAGCAGCUCCAGAACAAUGACCAGGCCAACCACUGGGUCGUCUGGAUCGAGGGCGAAAGCGCCUGCCCCAACACCCGCGUUCUGACCAGGCUCACCGACAGCCCCUGCGACCAGACCUUCUACUUCAACAACAAGGCCUACCACCUCGCCGACUGCGGUAGCGACAAUGAGCCCCGUCGUGUGGUCCAGCCCGGUGGUGGCUCCGCCGGCUGCUCGCGCGAUAACCGCAAGAUUACGUGCCACGGUAGCACCCAUGACAUUGUCAAGCAUGGCAAGUGCGGUUAA